CGGGGCCCUUGUUCUUUGUUCGCGUUGCGUUAUCGCACUUCCAUUACUUACUACCUAUCUCAACCGACUGGUCCUCCGAUCAGGCCAUCUCAAGCUCAUCUUUCUUUUAUAAUAUCAAUCAUCUUCUGUCAAGACUCACACCAUCAUCCCGUCCUCUCAUGAGCGUUGGACGCUGCUGCUCUGCGAUGCCCCAAAUAAGCUAUCCUUCCUCCACGUCGACUCGCCAGUGAUCGAAACCCCCCAAAGCGGACCCUGCCAACCAACAAAACCAAAGCACAACAACACCCCAAAGACAAACACAGAGAGGGAAGGGUAAUAAAUAAAAAGAACGUUAUUUUGCGAUGCAUAUUAUCAAGCCGGUUUGGCUUACGCAUGGAGGCGAGAGGAAAGAUUUCGAGGUUUAUAGUUGCGAUGUUUCGCCGGAUGGGAGUCGUUUGGUUACAGCCGCCGGAGAUGGAUAUGUUAGGAUAUGGUCUACCGAGGCCAUCUACAACACAGGGAGUGCGGAAUACGCCAGCAAGCCGAAACAGUUGGCGUCGAUGAGCAAUCACUCCGGGACGAUUCAUACGGUUCGAUUUUCUCCCAACGGGAGAUAUCUGGCGUCGGGGGCGGAUGAUAAGAUUGUUUGCAUUUAUAUGCUGGAUGCCAAUCCCCCGUCGCAUGCUUCGACGUUUGGGACAAACGAGGCACCCCCUGUGGAAAACUGGCGCACGAUUCGACGAUUGAUCGGCCACGAUAACGAUGUUCAGGAUUUAGGAUGGUCGUACGAUUCCUCGAUAUUGGUUUCCGUUGGGUUGGAUUCGAAGGUUGUGGUUUGGUCGGGACAUACGUUCGAGAAGCUCAAGACCCUUUCUAUCCACCAGAGUCAUGUCAAGGGGAUUACAUUCGACCCGGCCAACAAAUACUUCGCCACGGCAAGCGAUGACCGUACCGUUCGCAUCUUCCGCUUUACCUCUCCUCCCCCCAACUCGACCGCCCAUGACCAGAUGAACAAUUUCGUUUUAGAACAGACCAUCUCCGCCCCCUUUAACAACUCCCCCUUAACGGCAUACUUUCGCCGAUGUUCCUGGUCUCCGGAUGGUAUGCACAUUGCCGCCGCUAAUGCAGUUAAUGGCCCCGUCAGCUCUGUUGCGAUUAUCAACCGUGGAUCCUGGGAUGGCGAUAUCAAUCUCAUCGGGCACGAAGCCCCCGUCGAAGUCUGUGCAUUCUCCCCGCGACUAUAUGGGGCUCAACCCGUCAGCAAACAACCAAUUGACAGCCAAGGUCCCCUGGUCACUGUUAUUGCCUGCGCCGGAGGCGACAAGUCCCUGAGUAUCUGGAUUACCAGCAACCCGAGACCUAUUGUUGUUGCGCAGGAAAUGGCAGCGAAAUCGAUAUCCGACCUAGCAUGGAGUCCUGACGGAAAAUGCCUUUAUGCCACUGCCCUCGAUGGUACGAUUCUUGCGGUUAGAUUCGAGGAUGGUGAACUUGGUUUCGCGGUAGCCAUGGAGGAAAACGAAAAGUCGCUCACUAAAUUCGGUACAAAUCGAAGAGGCGCGGGGAUUACAGAGACUACGGAUGGGCUGCUUCUCGAGGAGAAGAGCAAAGCUGGGGAGAUCAAGGAUGUCGAAGGCAGGAUGGGUGCUCUGAUGGGUGACGGGCAUGUUGCUGCUGAUAACCCGGUCAAUGGGAAACCCGCACCACCGCCACAGGCCCCUAAUGGCACAACGCCUACUCGAGCGCCGUCCCCUGCUCCUGAUACUCAAAAGGCUCAACCGAAUGGGACUGCGGCAACACCAGCAGCCCCCGAGCCAGAAAAGCCUGACCCAUACCAGGCAAAACUAGAGAGGUUGAAGCAGCGGCCAACAUACACAAAAGAUGGUAAAAAGCGCAUUGCUCCGCUUUUGGUUUCGGGAGCCGGGGCUGGAGAGUCCUCUCUGCCUCAAGCACGACUGAUGGCUUCUGUCAGUAAUCAACUGAAGGCCGAUGCACCACAGUCUAUCGUUGAUCUUUCCAAGCCAUUUGAUGGAUUACCAAAGGGUGGACUUGCAACAUUACUUCUCGGGAAUAAACGGAAACUGGCCCAGCUUGAGGACGACGAGGAUGGCCAGGUGGAAAAGCGUGUGACGUUGGCAAGUCAGAACGGCGCCACACCAAUUCUUGCGAAUACACCAGACGGUCUGCUUCCCGCACAAGUACAGCCUGCUGCCACUGGACAGCAGCCAACGCCAGAUUUCAUCCGGCCCGCUGUGACCAACCCUUGCAUGGCAAUGAGCCAGCUUCGACUGGCGGUACCCAAAAUUCGCAGUCAGAUUUUGCGUGCUAUUGACCUCAGUGGAAAACCAACUGAGCCGCCCAACACGUCGGGAGAACAGAACAAGUCGCGAGCCGACGUUGUGUUCGAGGCACGUAAUCCAUCACCUGCCAGCUUGACUGGCAGAGCUGUUGACCGGGAGCCGGUCCGCCUCACAUUAUUCCGAGGCGAUCAACCAUUAUGGCAAGAUUUCCUCCCACGCACUGUGCUGCUCGUGACGGGAAAUCAGAGUAUGUGGGCUGCGGCCUGCGAAGAUGGAUCUAUUUACAUCUGGACCCCGGCAGGACGUCGUCUUGUCAGUGCGCUUGUCCUGGAAGCGCAACCGGUGAUCCUCGAGUGCCACGGCCCAUGGAUCCUCGCUAUAUCGGCUGUUGGCAUGUGUUAUGUGUGGAAUGUCCAAAGCCUUUCUUCUCCCCAUCCACCGAUCUCGCUUCAGCCUGUGCUAGAUGCGGCGAUUCACACACUUGGGGCGCACCCAACGGUCGCCCCAGCGAUCACCAAUGCGCGGGUCAAUUCCGAAGGCAGGGUUGUGGUCGCUUUAACCAACGGGGAAGGGUACUCCUACUCGCCGUCCAUGUUCACCUGGCAGCGGAUUUCGGAGGCCUGGUGGGCAGUAGGCAGUCAAUAUUGGAACACAACCGAGGCUCCUGUCAGCAAUCUCCAGUCGAAGGAUUCCCAGCAAGAUAAGGAUGCAAAGGCCGCGGUGUCGGCGGGUAUCAUCCCCUUCCUGGAGCGCAACACAACGAACGAGACACUUCUUCGCGGUCGAGCAUACUUCCUACAGCGUUUGAUCAAGGUUCUCUUGUCACGCGAAGGUUACGAGAGUUUCGAAUCCAGUGUUUCUAUUGCCCACCUGGAGAAUCGUCUGGCUGCAGCGCUCUCCCUUGGGGCCAAGGAAGAGUUCCGGUUGUAUUUGUCCAUGUACGCUAAACGCGUCGGGGCGGAGGGCCUGAAGCUGAAGGUUGAAGAGUUGCUGAAGGGGUUGAUUGGUGGUCUUUUUGAGGAAGAAGACGAAGCCGAAACAGGGGGCCAAUUGCAGGCCAAGGAGAAGGAAGACCGAAACUGGCAAGAAAACUCGGAUACCCUCUGUGGCUGGCCACGAGAGGUGUUAUUGAAGGAAGUCAUUCUGGCACUUGGCAAACAUCGGGAUCUCCAACGGGUGACUGUUCCAUACGCUAAGCUGCUGGGAGUCGUGGACGAGAUCGAAGAGGGCGAUGCGAUGGAAACAUAACCACUGUGAUUAUGGGGUUUUCUUUCUGGCGUUCAUGAUGCGGGGUAUACUGGUUUAGUGAGGGGUUUUCAGCAGGAGGAUUGUUCUUUUUUCACUAUUUUUUUACACCAAAAGAUGGAUCUUGUCUACAGAUCCUUGUAACAUAUGACGCGCUGUUUUUCUCUCCUUUCUUGCAUGUCUAAGUGCUGGCGAUGUAUGAGUUUCUGGUUCUCUAAUACCUUGUGGGCUGAAUUUAAGCCUUAUUAGCCAAUUAUGGCAUUACUGAAGCAUUUAUAUGUAGUAUAGGUGCUUGGCAUCCAGAACUCAGUUGAC